ACAAAUCUCGUGUCUAAACUAGAGGACUCUGUACGCCAAUGUUAGUUUUGUCAAAAGUUGACAUUUGUUUAAUUCAAUACUUUCGUGUAUAGCAUAAUUGUAAUAUUAUGUCGAUGAAAACCAACAAGUUUUAGUCACUGCAUUCAAACUACUACCAUGGAUUUAUCUAAAGUGCCUGACGACAAAAAGCUGAACUUAUGCAGGUGGUAUUUUCGAGUUGGGUUUGCUUUAUUGCCCUUCGUUUGGACGGUCAACGCCAUUUGGUUUUUCAACGAAGCGUUUAGAAGGCCCGAAUACAACGAACAAAAGCAAAUUCGCCGAUAUGUUAUAUAUUCCGCAAUGGGCUCGCUACUGUGUUUUGUUUUGUUGGUAUCUUGGGUUGCAGUAUUUCAGGUGAAUCGGUCCAAUUGGGGAGAGUUUGCGGAUAAAAUUUCUUUUAUUAUACCAUUAGGAACACCUUAGCCUAGCUUAGUUUAGCAGAACAACAAUUUUGAUGUUUUGUAAAUAUGUAUUAAUUUAAAAACUAGCAUAGUAAUUGAAAUGGAUGGUCUUCAGUCUUCGAGAACUCUCCAGUUUUUAAGGAUUUAUUUCCAAACAGGAAAUUCCCAAAAUAAGACAGAAUUAUGCCCACCAGACAAAGUAGGCAGAAGAAGUAUAACCUUUCUA